GAGCUUCCUACAAUUGUCAAUUCCGAUAUUGAUCUGUCUCUUGAUAUUUCUUCAUCAAGAGAUGUAGCUCCUCAUGAACAGCCUCUUGAUGAUCAUGUUUACCAAUUCGCCAUUCUCUUGCCCGUAGAAGAAAUAGAGGAUAGUGGUAGAUUGAUUGAUUAG